AUGUGUUCUAAUUUCAAUAAUGUCUUCAGCUGGAUCAUCUUAUUGUUCGGUUCUGCAGCGAAGUUUCGGUUUUAUAAAACCUUCACCGACUACAUGGAGGUUCCAGUAGAAACUCCUGACGCUGUCGUCGCGUCCUCUAAUCCAUACGUGGACGUCAACAAGCCAACUUACUUAAUCGCGAUAGGGUUCAAUUUUAAGUUAGAGGGUCCCUUGCUAACAGAGCUAGUGCCAGCUUUGCUUAAUCUCGGAGACAGAAAUGUGUGUCUGGUCAAUUGGGUUAACGAAGCGAGUGCUGGUAUACUUGGUGAAGGAUUAGGUUAUGCUCUUAACGCGUUACCGAACAGUAAAACGGUGGGAGAAGCCGUCGGAAAAGGCAUAGUGAAACUCGUGAAUCUUGGCUUGAAGAAUGACAUCCACUUUAUUGGACACUCACUAGGAGCACAACUCGCAGGUUACGCUGGAAGAGAAACCAUUAAACACGGAAUAAAUCUUACAGAGAUAAUUGCCUUAGACGCAGCCCGUCUUGGCUACGAACCCCCAUCACUGUACCAGUAUGUGGAUAAAUCUUGUGCCACUCUGGUGUACGCUGUUCACUGUGACGUAAAUGGCUACGCGCUCAACAUCACCCUGGGCCAUGUGGACUUUUGGCCAAAUUUUGGGAACUACGAAAGUUCUACAUCGAUUAGACUUCAACCAGGCUGCUUAAAGGGGACAACUCUGCAAGAGAUACUUACCAAUGGAAACAGAUGUAGCCAUGACUACUGCUACAAGUUUUAUGUGGUCUCGCUGACCAACCCUGGCCUCUUUGUAGGCAGCAAAGCAAACAACUACUUCCAGUGGAAGACUAUAAGUAAUGUCAAUGCCAACAAUACGAAUUUUAUCGGUCCUCUUAUCAAUCCUAAUCGCCCUGGUAACUUCUACUUUGUCACCGGCAGUACGAAUCCAUGGGGCCUUGGAGCUAACGGCCUCCAGCCUCCAACAACAACAUAA